AUGAAUCAAUACGACGAAGGAGAGUCCGAGAGGCUCAUCGUCCCUUCUUCCUCCUCCUCUUCGUCUUCAUCUUCUUCAGCGGGGAAAUUUUCAUCGUCGAUGAUGAGAAAAGUCAGCAUCGGCGCGUCUUUGGGCGCGCUCGCGCUGUUUGCGACCAGCGCGUCGUCGUCAUCUGAUGCUGUUUCACGUCAUUCUCCCUUAAAACUCGGUGAAGGAGCGACAAAUAGUGCCGCUGUGAAUCAUCACCAAGGAGGAAAGAAAGUGUUCACGUUGCACACCUCCUGUUCACCUCUGUUGCAACAAAAGGACAACAACGCUUUGCCGUUCCCAAUGCAAGAUAACUGGAAAUACAUCGGCGCGAAGUUGAUCACGAAGAGCAUGAGCGAGGAAUUCGAUUUCGACCAGGCGAAGGAAAUGCGAAUGACGACGUGCGGGACCUUCGAGGUUGAACACGAACAGAUGAAACCGAACGAACAGUUUGGGUUUUACUUGUACCCGAAACCGCGACCGACCAAUGACGAGGAAGACGAUGGGUCGCCGUCGUUAGGAUACGAUUCGUGGACUACGUUCCACUCGAGUGGUGAAACGGACUCGUUCGUAGGCCGUUUAGGCAACGAAGAGAAGGAAGAAUUGUCCGCGGCGAUUACGAAAAAGAUCAACACGGGCAAGUAUCGCGCGGUGUCCGAGUUGGCUUGCGAAAACGUGUCGCCGCACGAAGAAGACCAGUGCCCAGCUUCGAGAAAAGGAAAGAUUGGCAAGAUUGUUACUCUGGGUGACGAUGAAAAGAAUGAUUCGAACGAUGUCGCGAACGCAUCCAUGUCCAAAUGCACCGGUCAAUUCACGCACGGCAUUUCGGAAAGGACCGGAGGAGUGAAGAACGUCCUGUACAACCGAGUAUUCGACGGGAAGACGUUGAGUUACGUCUGGGGGUCGUGUGCGCACACGUGCGAGAACGCGGACCAGCCGCACCGCACGCAGGUCUCGGCUGGGUGCGACGUGCCGAAAUUGUUCGCGGUAAAAGCGAAAAUGUCCAUUUCUGGUAACGGCAUGACUGCGCAAAAGCUGCUCUCCAACGAAAAGCAAAACGCCGCUUUGAAAUCAGCCAUCGCCGAUAUUGUCCACGUUCGACCGCAAGACGUGGUCAUUAAAUCCUUGAAAGACGUCGCGAUGUCAGAAGAAGCACUUUUGGGCGAAAUGAAGCAGUCCCAAGACGAAGGUUUCGUGGACAUUUCUCAAUUCGCACAAAGAGUCGCCAAGCUCGAAAAUCAACACUCGGAGGUGUACAAAGAAAAUCAACAGUUGACGCAAUUAAACGUUGAACUUGCGGAGAACAAGAAAGCUUUAGAGGAUAAAAUCAACAACUGGAAAGCCGAGAAUGAAAAGUUGAGGAAAGCAAUCGCGGAGAGACAAACGACGUUACACAGUACCAACGCAGAUAGCGUGCUUGGUGAAGAAGAAGUCGCUGCCCCGGGCAAAUCUAUUUCUGCCACUGUCGCUGCUCCGUCGAAGUCUUCUUCUUCCAGUGCAGUCGAAGUUGGAUUUGAAAUCAUCGUGCAAGAGAAAGAGGGAAAUGCUGAGACUAUUUUGAAGUCUUUGAUGUCCACCGCUCCGGAGCGAAUGUUGAAAGUGUUGAACAACAGUCGCGGAAUUAACAUGUUGAAACAAGUCACCUAUCUUUCCGCGCCGAAAAUUCGUGAAGUCUUGGCAACAGAGUCCACGAUAAGUCUCGAAGCUAUCCAACGAGUGCCAAAAACAGAGGAACAACUCGUGAAAGAAAAGAGGCAAAUCGAAAACGCCAACGAUGCGGUCAAAGCGGCGACUUCUGCGUCGCGAGUCGCUGAAAUUGAAGCCGAAAGAAAAGUUUCCGAAGAAGUCGAGACGGCGAGAGAACUCGUCGCGCAAGAAAAGAUUGGCGCUUCGAACGCGUUCAGAGAAGCGUUUAGAGCGAAAGAAUCUGCACUCGCCGAAAAAGAUGAGGAUAAAAAAGAAGCGCUCGAGGAGGAAGCCGCCAAGCUCGAAGCGAGAGCGGUGAGAGCGCAAGAGGAAGCAGACGUCGCGCAAGACGUUUUGAACGAAGAAACGAAGAAAUUACAUCGCUCCGGUAACGUUGUCAUCUCUUCCUCUUCAUCUACUUCGUCUAAGAGCACGGCGGAAGCAAAAGUUGGUCUCCUCGAUGCUGCUACUGACGACGACGACAACAAUAAAGAAUUCAAAGAAAUUUUAGAAGAAGUUGAAGAACAAAAAGAUGCGCUGGAGGAGAAGAAUACCGCCGCAGGCAAGACAAAAGUCGCCUCGUGCAAAGGAAAAUCGCCGAAUUUUAAAGUGCAAGCCUCGGUUGCCAUCUCUGGUGCUGGAAUCACCUCUGCGAGUCAGAUUUCAACGCAUCCAGAGUUCGCGGACUCGUUCUCGAAGACCAUCGUCACCCUCACAGGCGCCGACGAAGAUCAACUCAUGUGGUUAGAUCUCUCGACUCGACCGGUAGAAGAAGAAGAAGGAGAGAAAGACAGCAAGAGCUCGAGAUUAGGCGCUUGGUUCAGUUCCGUAGCGCUUGGACGUUUCGUUUCCGACGACAGUAACGAAGAACCGGUCGAAGUUACCUUUUCGCUUCUCUCGUGUUCUCGAAGCGGCGCCGAAGAUCUCGCCGACAAGUUGUACGGCGUCACUCCGAAAAAGAUGCUCGCCGCGGCGACAGAAUACGGAGCGGCGAUCGACGACAUUCAAUUCGUUUCUCCGCCGAAGGUUUUACCAGUCGAUCAAGACUUUAUCGAAUCCUACAGCGGGCCGACGGUUGAAGGUAAAUCGACUUCCGUGAACGUCAAGCCGCGAGUAUUAAAGACGGCGUUGAAAAUCGUCAACUCCGAGAAAGAGGCGGAGAUGGAGGAAAAAGGCGAGCAAUUCGAAGAAGAGGAAGAACGAGACGAAGAAAAGGAGGAGAAAAAUAGUAAUAGAUCAUCGUAUGAUGAGUCUGGCAACGGAUCGUUAUCGGAGCAGCUUGCGAGCAUCCAACGCGAUUCGUUGCAAUCCAUUCAAGCUCAUCAAAAACGAGAGAUGAGCGUCGCUGACGACGACGACGAAGCGUUUUGA